AUGAAAGAGGAAACGAAAGGGAAAAAAAUAUGGGCUAUUGUAGAGAAUGGCUAUACUUUGCGAAAGGGUUUUGUCUUCUACGGCGCAUACCAUAGUGAUUGGCGAAACCAACUUGUACACAUAUUCUUUGUACCGACUAUUUUUACAUCUGUGUUGAGUUUCUUGGCUCGUGUGCAAAUAACUUCAUCCAUUGAUCUCUCACAAAUAGCGGCAGGAGUUUAUGCUAUUAGUUUUAUUAAGAUGGAACCUGGUGCAGGAAUUCCAUACGCGGCAGUGAUUGCAUUCAUGCAGUACAUUGCCUCUCAUCAUUUAAAGCAGAGACCUAAACUGUCAUUGGCUAUUAACGUAACUGGAUGGAUCAUACAGUUUAUUUCACACGCCUUCUUUGAGAAGCGUUCACCGGCGCUAUUAGAUGACCCGUUUCAAGCCCUUCACUCAAGUGUCUUCUUUGUAUGGUUAGAAGUGCUUUUCUACUUUGGCUAUAAACCGGAACUAAAGAAGGAGCUUGACAUGUUAAUAAGUAAGAAAAAGGUAGAAAUAGCUGAGAAGAAGGGAGAAACUAUAGGUAAAAAGGAAACUCUUGUAGUUCAUGGAAAUGGUGUCUGA